AUGCCUAAUGACGCAACUGCUAAGCGCAAGCGCUGUACAACAUCUACACGACCAUCACGUCAUACAUCGCGAUCUCAAAACCAACAAUAUAUUAUUAUCAAACGAAGAUGUGAGUUGGAUCAGAUAACCAAAAAAUGUGUGGAUCUGGGGACGCCUUCAGACACGAUUUGGCCUGGUUACAGCGCAUUACCAAUGGGAAAAAACAUCGUAUUCAACGACUAUCCACCGGGCGGGUUGCGCAAAAAGAUAUGUAGCAAUCUGUUGUCUGAAGAAGGGCUAUCUUUACUGCAAGAUCUUUUAAUCUAUGAUCUUACAAGAAGAACAACAGCAGCCGCUGGUUUAGAGCACCCAUACUUCAAGGAGCAGCCGGUGGCGAUGGAGCCGGCCAUGUUUUUGACGUUGCCCGCCCGCUGA